UAAUUUUUCAUGUUUUUUUAUUUUUACUUCGUUUCAUUUUUGUUAUUGUGUUAUGAUUGAAUUAUUACUCAUUUAUCAAAGAAAUAUUACGACUAAUAUGUACAACUAAUAUAUGUGCAAACAUAUUGGUAAUAUAUUUGCACAUAUUGCUUAAUAUUACUAAUUUAUAGAAGGUCUUUUAUUAUUCCUGUUUGACUCAGAAACGUUUGGGUGUAAAGAAGCUGAGGACCGAACCGGAGCAGAACCUUCAUCAUUUCUUCAGAACCUCACCUGUGACCUAAAUCUGGUUUGUUUUCCAGGCCGUCUCCCGACUCCCUUGCGCCCCCUGCUGGUGAUCGUGUGUGGCGGCAGCAGCAUCAACAUGGAGCAGCUGAUCAGCCUCCAGCAGAAGCUGCAGAGCUAAAGCAUUGCAUUCUGGGAAAUGUGCCACCAGAUUCAUUGCUGGUCAUAAUGUUUAAUUAUUGCUGAUUUUAUGUGCAUUUCAUGAGUGAUGAAAUGAAUGAUUGAAGAGUCUCAGCCUGCAGUUGGCCUUCUCACCACAUGGUGGUACUGUAGAACCUGAUAAGAAACGAACUGCUGGCAGACGGAGGAGCUACUGCGGCCGGUUUCUAUGACAACAGGAAGGAGACGCUCUGAUGAGGCCGUCAGCGGCUAUAAAUAGGAAGUCAGCAGGAGAAGCUGUGGCUGAAAUGUUCUGGUUCUGGAACAUCAGAACCAGAAUGUUGACUCCAUGUAAUGUUGUCCCGCGGGACCAGCCUGGAGGAGGAGCAGGGAACGGGUCAGGCUACCGGAAAUCGGCUCCAUCCUUCCCGUGUUUGUUAAUCAAUUUAUUAAAAGACAAAAAAACAGUUCAACGCUUUUGGCUCAGAGGUUUAUUUUCUACACUAACAUAAUACCUAGAAAUGUAGCUUGAAGCUAAAAAGUUAGCUUUGAGCUACAUAUAGCUAUUCAGUAAGUACAUUCAAUAUUUAGCUUGCUAACUAAAUAUGUAGGUUGAAACUGUGACAAAUGGAAGAGUAACGGUGAACAUAUUUCUCUGGUAUAAAAGGCUAAUAAUGUUGCUAAUGGCAUCUCAUAGAAACGUGUCGCAUAGAGCUGCAGCUAAGUAGCCUUUAGCUUCGAAACAUGACAUUAUUCUAAAAUCAGUUCUCUUUAGCGCCCCCAGUGGUUGGAGCCAGCCAGAACAUCAUGGCGAUUGAUGGUGGAGAUCGUCACUGUGGAGUUCAUGAGCUGAUCUGCAUCAGAAAAGUUUCUCCGGAGGUUCUGGGCUUCCUGACGGCCAUCGCGCUCUUCAUUAUCCUCAUGACCUUCCUCUUCUGGUUCCUCAACAACAAGCUGGUUCUGCAGAACCCGGCCAGCCUGCAAUGCCUCAACGAUUUCAAGAAGAAUCCGGAACCACAGGCAGACACGGCGUCCUGCAGCGGCGGCGGCGACUCUUCAGACAGCGACUGCGAGCUGCUGGGUCGGUACCAGGAGGCAGUGGGCCGCUCCCAGGGCCUCAGAGGAGCAGCAGGUACCGCGGGCGGCGCCAGGCCCCGGGGGGGCUUCAGGUGGGAGAGCCGGCAGAACUACAGAGCCCUGACCGGAGACGGCUACAGCAGCGAGGCCUCGGCGGACGAUGCCAACUGCAUCCAGAGGAUGAGGAGAACGCCGCCGCUGGACGAGCUCCAGCCGCCUCCCUACCAGGACGAGAACGGCUCUCCCAGGAUGUCCUGCACACUGUCGGACCUGGGCGACGCCAAGUGCGACCUGUCACAGACCAGCGGCAGUCCUCACCUGUCCUUUGGGAAGUGCCUGAGCGAGGGCAGUGACGGCCAGGAGAGCGAAGGCUACCUGAACAAAGGCUACGAAGAGGACGCCCCCAGCGACAGCACGGCCGUCCUCAGUCGUGAGGACACGUCGGCCCGCGGGUCGGCUGCAUGCUUCCCAAAAGGCUACGAACCCGAUGCCCUCUCCAAGUACGGCACUCUGGAUGUGGUGUUUGACUACGACUCGGAGGAGCAGCAGCUGACGGUGACCAUCAUGGCGGUGACCGACCUGCCCUCCAUGAAACACACAGGGAACUUCUCCUGGCAGGUGCACCUGGUGCUGCUGCCCACCAAGAAGCAGAGGGCCAAGACAGGUGUCCAGCGAGGGCCCGCCCCCGUUUUCACCGAGACCUUCCGCUUCAGCCACGUGGAGACGGAGAUGAUCGGCAACUACGCUGUCCGCUUCCGCCUCUACAGCAUCCGACGCAUGAAGAAGGAGAAGGUGUUCGGAGAAAAGGUCUUCUACCUCACCAAGCUCAACCUCCAGGGCAAAAUGUCUGUGCCGGUCAUCCUGGAUCCAUGCUGCAGUCUCCCGGGCGGGGAGUCCCAGGUCAGCCUGUCUGACCUGACGUGCAGUGACAGCGCUUCGUCCUUCCUGUCCGUCAGUCAGACCUCGGCUCCAGAGAUUCUGGUGGGCCUGGUGUACAACGCCACCACUGGCCGCCUCUCCGUAGAAAUCAUCAAAGGCAUCCACUUCAAAAACCUGACUGCCAACAAGCCACCCACUGUGCAACCCUUGUUGUCAGACGGGCUGUUCUGUUGUCUCAAACACUUGGUAGGGGGACAGGUUUAUAUAAUCAGAGGUGAGUCUGCGCCGGCCCACUCAGCCAUUCUGUGCCUUCAUGGAUGCAGUUCAGACAUUUCACUGAAAUCUUUUCUUCAUAUUUUCACAAAACUGUAUGCAGCUGGAUGGGAAUUGGCCCUUUGUCUUUCACAUAGAACUAAACUGAGUAAAAGUAGAAAUACAAAUAUUAGUUUCGACCUAAAGCUUCAGCUUCAAACAUAUUAAAGAUGAACCAGCGUUGUGUUUUUAUGUUUGUUUAUUCUGCACCAAGACUCAUUUCUUUCCUGAGAUAUUUACAUUAAAUCUAUGAAAUGACUAAAGAUAACAGUUUGAUUGACAAAUGAAAUAUUUUCUGUUCAACAAAAUUAUUCCUACAGAGCUUUUUUAUAUUUAUUUGAUUUAAAUAAUUAGUUAGAACCAAGAGGUAGAAAGGAAGCACUUUUUCAAUAAAAUACAAACUGUUAGCCUACCUUAGCUUAGCUUAGCUUCAUUUGUCUUUAGUUUAUCUUAACUUUUUCAUUCUGUCCUUACUUGUCUUAAUUUGUCUAAUUUUAUAUUGAUAAGAAUAUUGGUAAUCCAAAAUAAACAUAAAACCUGAAGUAUGUGAUUGGAGCUGAAGGUGACAGACUGAAUGUCAGGAGCUCAUCCAUGAAGACGUUUGCUCGUUGUGAACCUCGUGUUUGUUUGUUCCUUCAUGCAUGAAUCCCUCCCUCCGUUUCUGCCUGAAUGUCUUGAACCGUUUCUCUCUGGUCACAUUUUCAUUCCAGUCAAUCCGGUUCCAGGAUUCCCAGUCAGUCUGCACAAUUGCAGCUUCAUUUCAGCUUUUUCAUAAUAUACAUAAAAUAAUUAGUUUUAUUACUUAUGUCAUAUUUUUGACUAGAUUAAUAUAAAAAUAGCAUUUUUGAAAGAACUUGAGUCCAUUUUAAUUAUAUGAAAUAUUGGACAGAUUGAAGAUUCAGCUUUGAGUAUUUACAGUUCUGUUUGGUUCUGUCUUGAAAAUUAAUAUUUAUUUUAAACAUGAAAAAGUUUUUGUAAAAUACAAACACAUAAUUUUAUAUAUAUGUAAAAGCAAAUAAAUAUGUAUAUAUUUUAAUACUAGUUUCUGAUGAGGAUGUUCACUUACCAGAACAUAAACUGAUGUUACACACACACACACACACA